AUGCGAGUUCCAGACGAUCUGCACACUUCGUCUAUUGACGAGUCAACUCCGGCAGCCAGCAACGAUGGAGUUCCCGAUGUUGACAACGAAAAGCAUUCUAUCUAUGAAAGGGUGGAUAUUGAGAAAGGACCCACUAUCGGUGCCGGUUUAGAAGAGACAGAGGCGCGCGAUCCGAAUAUCGUCGAUUGGGAUGGGCCAGAUGAUCCCGAAAAUCCUCUAAAUUGGACGGCGAAGAAAAAGGUCACUGCGACGGUUUCAAUCGCCUUGAUCACACUCCUCACACCACUUGGCUCGUCAAUGUUUGCUCCAGGCGUUGGGCAACUAGUCACUGAUUUCGACAUCACCAGUACCGAGCUCGCCUCGUUCGUCGUUUCUGUAUACUUGCUUGGGUACUGUUUUGGUCCCCUUCUCAUUGCCCCAGUUUCAGAGAUCUAUGGCCGUCGAAUUGUCUAUAAUGUCUGCAAUGUUCUCUAUGUGAUUUGGACCAUUGCAUGUGCUGUGGCUCCAGAGAUCGGCAGCUUGACGGUGUUCCGAUUCUUUGCUGGUUGCGCGGGAAGUUGUCCGUUGACAAUCGGAGCUGGCUCGAUUGCGGACAUGUUUGUUCAAGAGAAGAGAGGUAGCGCAAUGGCGGCAUGGGCUAUUGGUCCACUCAUCGGCCCUGUCAUCGGCCCUGUCGCUGGUGGAUAUCUCGCUCAGGCAAAAGGUUGGAGAUGGACCUUUUGGAUACUGGCCAUGGCUAGCGGUGCCGUAGCGAUCAGUUCAUUUCUCACAGUCCGCGAAUCGUAUGCGCCCACUCUUCUCGCCCGCAAAACGAAGAAAUUGCAAAAAGAAACCGGAAACAUGAAAUUACGCUCCGUCCUUGACACCGGCCGCACACCCAGAGACCUCUUCCUGUUCUCGAUUGUUAGACCGACCAAGAUGCUAUUUCUGUCGCCAAUCGUCUUUCUCCUUUCUCUCUACGUUGCCGUCAUCUAUGGAUACCUCUACCUCUUGUUCACCACAAUCAGCGACGUCUUUGAAACUCAGUAUGGCUUCUCGCAAGGAUCGGUCGGUCUGUCCUAUCUGGGGAUUGGCAUCGGCUCGCUCAUAGGACUCGUUGUUCUGGGUGCAACGUCCGAUCGCAUACUGAAACAUCUUUCUGAGAAAAAUGGAGUCAAGAAGCCUGAAUACCGACUGCCGGCAAUGAUUCCUGGCUCUUUCUUCGUGCCUGUGGCUCUCUUCAUGUACGGCUGGACUGCCUACUAUAAGACACACUGGAUAGUUCCUAUCAUCGGCACAUCAUUCUUGGGCGUGGGAAUGUUGAUCGCUUUUAUGACGGUCAGCACAUACCUUGUUGACGCAUUCACCAUCUAUGCUGCGUCCGCGAUGGCCGCGAAUACUGUCUUCCGAUCUCUUGCUGGCGCUCUACUCCCGCUCGCUGGUCCCCAAAUGUACGCAACCCUCGGACUAGGUUGGGGUAACUCCCUCCUUGGGUUCAUCGCUCUGGCUAUGUGUCCGCUGCCUAUCAUCUUCUAUGUGUACGGCGAGCGCAUUCGGACCAGCAAACGAUUCCAAAUCCAGUUUUAG